AAAGUGAAAAUGUAACAGAAGAAGAAUAAGAACCAUUAAAAUAUUUAGUUGAACCCGAUACGAAGCACUUCCAAUUGUUUUAAGUUUAAAAUGGACGUAGAAGUGCGGCAUGAUUUAUUCAAGGGCAAAGGGGUGUAUGCGAAAAAACCAUUUUUAAAGGAUAGUAUUAUUUUCCAAGAAGACCCUUUGGUAUCUUGUCAGUUAUCAUGGAAUGCAGCAUAUGGUUAUUUGGCAUGUGAUCAUUGUUUGAGGCCUUUAGAAACAGCUCAAGAAAAUGCUGGUAGAUUAUCUGGACAAUUGGUAGAAUUACCUUAUCCAGAAUGCUGCACAAUUGAUAAAAGUAAAAUAACUAAGUGUCCAUAUUGUCCUGUGAAUUAUUGUUCAGAAGAAUGUAAAAUGGAAGCAUUUGAUCACUAUCACAAGACACUUUGUCACGAAACAAAUGGCUCUCAUCCUUUAGAGCAAUUGAAUGAAGCUUGGAAGAAAGUACAUUAUCCACCAGAAACUAAUAGUAUUAUGUUAAUAGCUCGAUUAUUAAGUAGAAUACAACAAGCUUCCAAUAAAGAAGAUGCAAUUGCACAAACCCUUGAAUUUUGUCACACAACAACUGACAAAUCUAAGAAUUUAGCUCAUAAACUUCUUGGAGAAAAAUUUGUUAAUCAAAUAUACACUUUGCAUGGUCUAUUGGUGGCUGCAAUACCUAAUGAGGGUAUUGAACAUCUAUUAACUUUUGAUGGAUUCUUAAGUUUGUUGGCACUGAUAGGCACAAACACACAGGGAGUUGGCACAAGUGCAAUAGCCAAUUGGGCAACUAAAGCAGAAAAUCUUUCUCUUGAAACUAAAGAUAAAGAAGUUUUUGAUUCAUUCCUCGAUCAACUCUACCAACAAAUGGAAGAAAAUGUUGGAGAUUUCCUUAAUAAUGAAGGCGUAGCAUUGUACAGACUUCAGAGUUGUUGUAAUCAUAGUUGUGAUCCAAAUGCUGUAGUGAAAUUUAUGAAUAAUAACCACAGGCUAUCUUUGGUUGCUUUAAAAGAUAUAGAAGAGGGUGAAGAAAUUUGCAUAAGUUAUUUAGAUGAUUGUGUGUUAACAAAGUCAAGACAUUCCAGAUGCAAAGAACUGAUGAACAAUUAUUUGUUUGUCUGCAGAUGUGACAGAUGCAAUAAUGAAUCUGAUCAACCAGAUGAAACUAGUGAAGAAGAUGACUCAAUGAGUGAUUAAAAUACAAACCAAAAAAUUAUAAGAACUACUUCUUAGAGAAGUAGGCUAAAUGUUGGGUUUAACAUUCACUUGUGACAUACUUUUUUAAAAUCAAAGUAAUAUGUUUAACUAGUGUAUAAACAAUUGUUAUCAACCCCUUUCAUAUCUAUUGAAAUUAUAUUGCAAAGCAGUUAUGAUAGUCCUAUUUUAUUAUAUAGUAACAAGGUUGCAUGUUCAUAUUUCAUAGAUUUAAUUUCAGCUGUUAUUUUCCUGCUUAAACAUAAACCGACCAUUAUCAAUAUUAUGAUCAAUCAUAUAUUUUUACAUCUUAUGAGAUGUAAAUCUCUCACAGAAUUUAUGAAUAGACAUCCCUGUAAAACUAAAGUCAUAAAGAUUAAAUACAAUUAUCUACAUAUUCAUGAGUAAACUGUCAAAUUUGACUGCUCUCUAGUUUUACCAAUAUUUCAAGUCAUUAUAUGUCUACUCUUAAAAUUUAAAUAGUCUGAAAAAAUUUUUAUUACAAAAAAUCGCCCCAAGAAAAAUUAUACAGUAUUUCUCAUACUAGUUUUAAUAAAAUCUGUGUUGAGUUUUAUGUUUCAUAAAUGUUAAUAAACUUCAACACUGGCUUAAUUCUGUUUUCUUCUUAAUUGCACUGUGUUAAACCAAAUUUAAAAGUCUUUGAAGUAUCAUAAAAUUAAAACCCGAAAUCGGGGGCUAAAACUGAUUUAGUUUUUUGUUUCUAAUUUAUAAUUUGGUAAUUUUGUGUUGAAACACACAACAGAAACAAUAAUUAUCGCUACGGGUAUUACACAAUAUUAUUGUCCCUGCUCUCAUAAGUAAUAAGACAUUCUUUUGGUUUACUUUCUAAAAAGAAAUCAAAAAAUGGCAGCAGUAAAAGCUGCAGAAGACAUAUAUGAAGAUGAUCUCGAUUUUCUGGAGAUUGUAAAUAUGGGUUUUCCAAGGCGAGUGUAUAAUAAAGCUGACCAUUUAUAAGGUUCAGAUUUGAAAAGCCAACAGUUAUUAACAUUUUAGAGCAAAUUGAGGAUAGUCUCAUGUCAAUUUAGGUAAAUAAGACAAAUAGUAAUAUUCGUCUUAUUUAUAUGGUUUAAUAUCAAUGUGUCGGAUACAGAUCUAUUUCUAGCUCUUUAUCUUUCAAUAUGUUUUGUUUCAGUAUAAUUUUUAUUUAGUAUUCGUGCUUGAACAUAAACAAUGUUGGUUAGGUCAAAUUCUUUCAGCUGGAUAAGAAUGAAGGUUUGAAUUUUAAAACAUGAGCAACUAAGAUUUUUGUAUUUACAUACAAGUAAAA